AUGACUUCAUACCGUCCAAGUUUUAAAAAUAAAGAGUUAAUCAGAAACACUUCAUUCGUUAAUGGUGAAUGGCUUGAUCCUCCUAAUUGUCCAUCAUUUAAAGUUACCGAUCCAGCCACUAACGAAGUUAUCGCUGAAUUACCAGACCAACCAGUUUCCGUUGUAGAUGAAGCAAUUGACGCUGCAUUCACCACUUUUCAAUCUUCAUAUAGACAUACCACACCAAGACAAAGGGCUAAAUGGUUAAGGAAUUUAUAUGACUUAAUGUUGGAAAAUGCUGAUGAUUUGGCCAAAAUAAUCUGUUGGGAAAAUGGUAAGGCUUAUUCUGAUGCAAUUGGUGAAAUUAAAUAUGCUGCUUCUUAUUUCGAAUGGUAUGCUGAGGAAGCACCACGUUUGUAUGGUAGCACGAUCCAACCAUCAAACCCAUCAAAUAGAGUUUUCACAGUUAAGCAACCAAUAGGUGUUUGUGGUAUCAUUUGUCCAUGGAAUUUCCCAAGUGCCAUGAUUACCAGGAAAGCAGGUGCCGCUUUAGCAGUUGGUUGUACCGUCGUUGUUAAACCGGAUUCUCAAACACCAUUGAGUGCCUUGGCUCUUGCUUAUUUGAUUGAUAAAGCUGGUUUUCCUAAGGGUGCAUUUAAUAUUGUUUUGUCCCAUACCCAAACACCCGCUUUUGGUCUGAAAUUAUGUGAAUCCCCCAAAGUUAAGAAAAUUUCCUUUACUGGGUCCACACCAGUUGGUAAGAUUUUGAUGAAACAAUCAGCUUCUACCAUGAAAAAAUUAUCUUUUGAAUUGGGUGGUAAUGCACCAUUAAUUGUUUUUCAAGAUGCAAAUUUGGAAGACGCGGUUACUCAUGCUAUUGCUUCCAAAUUUAGAGGAUUGGGGCAAACCUGUGUUUGUGCUAACAGAAUGUAUGUCCAUAAAUCCAUUAUUAAGGAAUUCUCCGAAAGAAUCGCAAAGGAAGUUUCCAAAUUUGUCAUUGGUCCUGGUUUGAAAGAAGGUGUCACUCAUGGCUGUUUGAUCAACAGCAAAGCCGUCGAAAAAGUUCAAAGUCACGUUGAGGACGCUUUGGAUAAGGGUGCUGAAGUUGUUGUUAAAGGUGGUUUAUUACCUGAAUUGGGCCCUAACUUUUAUGCACCAACUGUCCUAACUAAUGUUUCUCCAGACGCGAUUGUCAAUAAAGAAGAAACUUUUGGUCCAUUAUGUGCUAUUAUCCCAUUUGAAACAAUCGAAGAAGUUGUUGGAUAUGCUAAUGAUACUAAUGUUGGUUUAGCUUCCUAUGUUUUCUCCAAGAAUGUCGACACUUUAUACACUGUGGCUGAAGCUUUGGAAACAGGGAUGGUUUCUUGUAAUACCGGUCUAUUUUCUGAUUGUUCUAUUCCAUUUGGUGGUGUUAAAGAGAGUGGGUUUGGUAGAGAAGGUUCGCUACAUGGUGUCGACGAUUAUGUCACUGUUAAAACAAUCACUAUCGGUAACUUACCGGCACCAUUGUAA